AAAGUGCCUUUGCAUUAGCCGGCGUGUGCUGUAGCUCUGGGCGCUCGCUCGCAGAGGUGCUGGGACAACCGAGGUGGCCCUGUCCCGUGCCUGGUGGCCCUGCCGGAUCAUGGCAUGGGCACAGGGGGAUCUGACAUCCUCGCUCUCCAUCGUCAUCGCUUUGGCUGCCUGCCUCUCUGCCACCACCAGUGAAGUGAACUUGCUAGACACGUCAACAAUCCUGGGAGACUGGGGCUGGAUGACUUAUCCCUCACACGGGUGGGAUUCAAUCAAUGAAAUGGAUGAGUUUUUCAGCCCCAUCCACACCUACCAGGUCUGUAAUGUCAUGACCCCCAACCAGAACAACUGGCUACGGACCAACUGGGUUCAACGGGAUGGUGCACGGCGGGUCUACGCAGAGAUUAAAUUCACACUGAGGGACUGUAACAGCAUGCCGGGUGUGCUGGGCACCUGCAAGGAAACUUUCAACCUCUACUACCUGGAGUCUGACCGGGACCUGGGCACCAGCACUCGGGAGAGCCAGUUUAUGAAGAUUGAUACCAUUGCAGCUGAUGAGAGUUUCACCAACGUGGACCUGGGGGUGAGGCGCCUGAAGCUGAACACGGAGGUGCGGGGCGUGGGGCCACUGAGCAAGAGGGGUUUCUACUUAGCCUUCCAGGACAUAGGUGCUUGCAUCGCCAUCGUUUCGGUGCGGGUGUACUACAAGAAGUGCCCAGCAAUGGUGAGGAACUUGGCAUCCUUCUCCGAGGCUGUGACUGGGGCGGACUCCUCCUCCUUGGUGGAAGUGCGGGGAGAGUGCGUGGGCCAUUCAGAAGAGAGGGACACCCCCAAAAUGUACUGCAGUGCUGAGGGAGAAUGGUUGGUGCCCAUCGGGAAGUGUGUGUGCAGUGCUGGCUACGAAGAACAGCGUGAUUCCUGCAUGGCCUGCCAGCUGGGAUUUUACAAGUCAGCCCCCGGGGACCAGCUGUGUGCAAAGUGCCCCUUGCACAGCCAUUCGGAGAGCCGGGCGGCCCGCAUGUGCCGCUGUGACAGCAGCUUCUACAGGGCGGUGCAGGACCCCCCCUCGGCCGCCUGCACGCGCCCCCCCUCUGCUCCCGUGAACCUGAUUUCCAGUGUAAAUGGCACCUCGGUGACACUGGAGUGGGGCCCACCCCUGGACAAGGGGGGACGAGCUGACAUCGUGUACAACGUGGUCUGCAGGCGCUGCGCAGGGGACGCUGGCCAGUGCGAGGCGUGUGGCAGUGGAAUCCGCUUUGUGCCCCAGCAGAUGAGCCUGGUGCAGGGAGCGCUGACGGUGACCAACCUCCUGGCCCACACCAACUACUCCUUUUGGGUGGAGGCCGUCAAUGGCGUCUCCGACCUCAGCCUGGAGUCCAGGAGAGCUGCAGUCGCCAACAUCACGACAAACCAGGCAGCCCCGUCCCAGGUGGUGGUAGUCCGCCAGGAGAGCACGGGCCAGAACAGCGUCACCUUGCUGUGGCAAGAGCCAGACCAGCCCAACGGCAUCAUCCUGGAGUACGAGAUCAAGUACUACGAGAAGGACAAGGAAAUGCAGAGCUAUUCGACCCUAAAAUCCAAGGGCACCACUGCCACCAUCUCUGGGCUCAAGCCUGCAACCCGCUACAUUUUUCAGGUUCGGGCUCGCACCUCCGCUGGCUGCGGGAGGUUCAGUCAGACUGUGGAGGUGGAAACGGGGAAGCCAGUCUCUCUCCGGUACGACACGAUGACGAUUGUCUGGAUCUGCUUGACACUCAUCACUGGCCUCGUCGCGCUGCUGGUGGUCCUAAUCUGCAAGAAGAGGCACUGUGGGUACAGCAAGGCUUUCCAGGACUCCGAUGAGGAGAAGAUGCAUUAUCAGAAUGGGCAAGUGAAGUUCCCCGAGUCCAAGUUCUACGUGGACCCCCACACAUAUGAAGACCCCUGCCAAGCCGUGCAUGAGUUCACCCGUGAAAUUGAGGCCUCCCGGAUCAAGAUUGAGAAGGUUAUUGGGUCUGGGGAGUCCGGAGAGGUGUGCUACGGCCGCCUGAAGCUGCCAGGGAAGAGGGAGAUUCCCGUGGCCAUCAAGGCACUGAAAGCAGGCUACACAGAGAAGCAGAGACGGGACUUUCUGAGCGAAGCCAGCAUCAUGGCACAGUUCGACCACCCCAACGUCAUCCAUCUGGAGGGGGUGGUGACCAGGAGCAAAUUGGUAAUGAUUGUUACUGAAUACAUGGAGAAUGGCUCGCUAGACACCUUCCUCAGGAAACAUGAUGGACAGUUCACCAUCAUCCAGCUGGUGGGCAUGUUGCGUGGCAUCGGAGCAGGCAUGAGGUACCUGUCUGACCUCGGCUACGUGCACCGGGACCUGGCUGCCCGUAACAUUCUGGUGAACAGCAACUUGGUCUGCAAAGUGUCUGAUUUUGGCCUCUCACGCAUCCUGGAGGAUGACCCUGAUGCCGCGUACACCACCACGGGGGGGAAGAUCCCCAUUCGCUGGACGGCUCCAGAGGCCAUCGCAUACCGCAAGUUCUCCUCGGCCAGCGAUGUGUGGAGCUACGGCAUUGUCAUGUGGGAGGUGCUGGCCUACGGCGAGCGCCCAUACUGGAACAUGACCAACCGGGACGUCAUUAACUCGGUGGAGGAAGGCUACCGCCUGCCUUCCCCCAUGGGCUGCCCCACAGCCCUGCACCAGCUCAUGCUGGAUUGCUGGCAGAAGGACCGGAGUGAGAGGCCACGCUUCUCCCAGAUUGUUGGCAUCCUGGACAAGCUGAUCCGCAACCCUGACAACUUGAAGUGCACAGCCACCGUGAACCGGUUCACCCAAACACCCUUUGACAGGGGUCUUCUUGACCUGGCCAGCUGUCUGACAGUGGAGGACUGGCUGGACUCCAUCCGGCUGGGGCACUACCGCGACAACUUUGCCAUGGCAGGGUACUCCUCCCUGGGCAUGGUGAUGCGCAUGAAUGUUGAGGACAUUCGGAGUCUGGGCAUCACCAUGAUGGGUCACCAGAAGAAGAUCUUGAGCAGUAUCCAGGCCAUGAGAUCCCAGCUGCUGAACACAAAUGGCCCCAGGAGGCAUCUCUGAUCACCAGCUUUGCAGACCCACAUUGGUCAUUCCUUAACACUUACCCUGGCAAAGGGGCAGCAGGGUAGUGAGCAGGAAAAGGGGCACCAGACCAGGACCUGGAGCCCCACCAGCAUGUCUUUGAUUUCAGCAUCAGUGGAAAUAUGUCUUCCCAGAUACCUCGAUGGUCCUGCUGCCUCCUUCCCCCAUCUGAAGGGGCGGGGAGCAGCCUUCCAAGCGGGCUAGGGACAUGUCAUGCCUCUCUCCAUCCUCUACUAUGUCCCUGUGGGACUGGGGGUCCUCACACAACUAUGCAGGACAGGUGGUAACCCCUUCACACAGCGGGAUGGCCCCAGCUGCACCUGCAGAUGGAGGGGUAUCAGACGCAACAGCAAUACCAGGAGCAGUGGGACUUGGCUUGCCAUGGCACACAGCUCACAUGGAUCUGACAGCUGGGGAGUUUGUUGGAUCUCUGAACUGAGGAGGACUCCACAGGCUGCCACACAGCAGAGACAACCCUGCUCCCAGUACCUCCCAGUUCCAGUGUACUCCAGCUUGGACCUCCUGAACUGCACCAGCCUGCAGGUGACUUCAUGGUCCACCUCUACUAAGCCCAGGAGGGCAGGGGACAGAGUACAAGGUAGCAGUGCCAGGAACAGCUGGCUCUACCUGCAGAGGAGACUUCCCUACCAUGGAGGCGAGUUGGCCAGGGUCUGCUAUCUGGAGCCUCAAGAUACCCCAGGGUGCUGUAGAAGGCUCUUCACCUCUUGAACCCACCAGCACUGCUCCUCUCUAGAUCCAGCACAGGCAUCCCAGGGCAGCCCAGGCACAUUUUUGAGGGCCACAAGCUCAGGUUUCUCCUCCAGCAGAACAACCAUCCUGGCCUCCCCCAAAGCCGUACCAGAGCAGAGAGGAGUGGGAGAGUUUGCUCCCAUCUCACAUGAUGGAGGGACAGAGACACUUCUGCCAAACUCUUCUUUGUUCUUACAUUGCCCUAGAGAAACCCACGAGCUGUCCCCUUACCACGCUAUCUGCCUAUACCCAGGGCUGCCAUGUCAUCUGCAGAGGAGGAAUCCUGAGCAACACUUCCAGCUGCAAUCACACAGUCCUAUGGCUGGGGACAGGGGCUCUGGGCAAAGAGGAUCUUCAGCACUACCCAGCUGAUGAGCUUGGUGACUGGGAGGUUGGCCUUUCCUUCACAGCUCUCCUCCACAAGAGCACCUCUUUUGGUGAGCUUGCCUGGUGUGGAGCAGUGUCCUCCAAAGAUUUGUGGAGCUGGUCUGAGAGGCUGAGCUGGCUGCAGAGAUGCAGAUGUGCCAGGGAGGGGGGCAGGCUGUGGGCUGGGAAGGUUUGUCUUGGGUGUAAAUACAAUUUUCUAUGGGUUUCGGAACUGUUUUACUGAAAUACAAUGCUAAGUACACAAAAAUGGUCUCAAAGCACAGAAGCCUUGGUCAUGGGGCUGAACUCACUGCAAAAAAAAUCUGCUGGGAGCGUGGCUGGGGAGGGGUGCAGCUGGAGAAGAAGUGCUGGAGGGGAGCCACGCUGACUGCCAGGGACCAGCCUGGCCCACAGCAUCCUGUCCUUAGCACUGGCACAGUUAAAUCCAGCAUCACUCCAAUGCAGGUACUGGUAGGAUCUGGCCUGAGGUCUGUUCCUCCCAGUUCUGUUUGGGCACAAUGGAGGGUGGGGGGAGGGAUAAAGCCAUUUCUCAGCUGCAAUAAUCCUGGCUAAACUGGCCUUUCUGGGGCUGGCUUAGCUUUCCAUCCAGGGCGCUUAUGUCCUGAUGGAUUCUCUGACUGUGGCGGGCACUUUACUUCUUCCUAUGGAAGUUCUUUGUAAUGGGGGACAGAUGCAAUGUGUGGUUUAAUUUGUAUUGCACCCUGUAUCCCGCACUCAGACCUGUCACACACCUACCCUGCGGUCAUCAUCAUGACAGAGGUCAGUCCAAACCCUGCAGCACAGGAUGGUGGGUGCUGGCCAUGUCCUCUCUUCCCAACAUUUGGGACGCCCUGGAGGGUGAGUCCGUCAUGGACAAAAUGGGGAGAGCAGACGUCAGGUCAGUGCCACAGGCUUGUGUCCUUGGGGUUUGCUGGGCAACCCUGGUAACAUGGGCUGCAGGAUCUGAGGUUGGGAGCUGCCAGAUGGCCCCUUUCCAGGUGGUUCAUGGGUCAGAUCCUGCAGUGUGGGGUCAUUGGGCUGCUGCCAGCUGUGGGAAUGGCAGGGCAGGGUUUGCCUUUUAUGUUCAGAGUGUGCACCUCCUCCUGGACAAUAAAACUCCUUCUUCCCA